AUGGACUCGAGGAUUGCCAUGAGGCCGACCAGGCCGCAGACCGUCAAGGAGCUGGUGGCUCAGGCGGAGAACUUCAAGUUUAACACAAACAUUCCGGUUAAGCACUGGACACGUGCGGCUGAGACGCUGUACCAAGAGGCCUCGUUUGCAGUUUCGGAUGGCGAUUUUGGAAGAGCUUACAUGAUGCUGUAUCGACACUCCGUACUGGUCCUCAAGUACAUCCCGACACACCCACAGUUCAAAGACCCCGACAACAAAAAAGUGUACAAAGUGCUAUCGCGACGCAUACCGCGUGUCAUCCAAGACCUAGAACAGUUGAAGCCCGAGAUCGAGAAUGCCGUCAAAGAAUGGGAGCGAGUGGCGCUGUCGAAUGCCGAGCCCGAACCGUCGUCACGAUAUGAACAGUUUGCAGCGCGCGAUCCGAGUCUGACAGGCAAUGCCAAGAUCCUGGAUGCGUUUGACAAUCAGGACCUGGCUGUUGAUCUUGCGCAGAAGGAAUUGAUGAGGAGGGAUACUGCUAGGAGGGCUACGAGACAGGCGGGGAUUACGGAUGAGGAUAUCAUGUCGAGGAGAAGAGGGGGGAGGUGGGAUCAGUGGGACGGGGCGAGGGUUGGUGAUGAUGAGGAUUUGAGGCGGCAGAUGGAGGCGACGAGACAUGCUCUUGAUUCGGCACAGGAGAGACGGACUGACGAUGAUUACCGACCGACGUCGCAUACGUACAGUUAUCCAUCGAUCUCGAGGCCACGAGCCGUUGACUACGAGGACCAAACACCAAUACCUUCAAUACAGCCAAGCCGACCACCGAAAGAACCCGUCGCUCCUCCAAAAGAACCUCUACACACACCAUCAUUACAAAGUCUCCCACCAGCUCUUCCUCAAAAAGUUCCUCUACCAGGCUACGCACCUCUCAUCCCCUCACCGUCCCCCCAAACCUCCCGUCCCGAAGUCCCCCGCAAAGAAGCCCUCGACACGCCCCCAACACUCCCGAAAAAAGAACGUCUCACCUUUAAACCAGGCGCAUACCUCGAGAACGGAGAUCCAAUACGCUCGCUCUUCCUCCCAAAGAACCUUCGCCAGAAAUUCCUCGACAUCGCAGCGGACAACACCCGUCGUGGGCUCGAAAUGUGCGGCAUGCUGUGCGGAACACCGAUCAACAAUGCGCUGUUCGUGCGAUGUCUCUUGAUUCCCGAUCAGAAGUGCACGUCGGAUACGUGCGAGACGGAGAACGAGGAGGUCAUGUUUGAUUACUGCAUGAAGGAGGAUUUGUUGCUACUGGGGUGGAUUCACACGCAUCCGACACAGACGUGUUUUAUGAGCUCGAGGGAUCUGCACACGCAUGCUGGGUAUCAGGUUAUGAUGCCUGAGAGUGUUGCAAUCGUAUGCGCGCCGAAGUUUCAGCCAUCGUGA